AAGGCAAAAUGCUAGGCUUAAUUUUGGUUACACACACGGAGCAAAAAAAAAUAUAAAUAUCUUUUCUGUCGCGUAAGCCCUCUUUUGGUUCUUUAUAUUUUUCUUUAUUUUUGUUCUGCUGCCAUUUUACAUAUAUAUUUUUACAUAAACACACACAUUCUGUUCUUCUUAUCCUUCUCUUUUUCAGAUAAGCGUAUCAGAAUUUAGCAUGUCCAACUCGGCAGCAGACUUGUUUGACGACGAGUCCGACGAUAAUAACAACCAGUACUCCGAUGAGGAGGAGGUGAGCUCGCAGAGGCGGUCGGAUACGCGCAAAGCGUCGCGGUACAGCGACGACGACGAGGAUGAGGAUGACGAAGAUGAAGACGAAGACGAGGUGUACAAUGGCAAGCGCGGCAGCACCAGCGCAGCAAUAUCAAAGCGGGGUGGCAAGCGCAGAAAGCGCACGCGCACGCACAACUUCCUCGAUAUCGAGGCCAGCGUCGACACGGAUGAGGAGGAGGAGGAUGACGAGGACGGGGCACUGGGCGACUUCAUCGUCGACAACGAGGCGGAACUGGCGUCGGCCGAGCAGGACGCGCUCCGGCAUCGCAGUGCGGCGCGCUCAGCGGUAUUCCACGACGACGAAACGUUGGACGCUGAUGCGAUCGAGGCGCAGCUACGCGAGAGGUACAGCGGCUACGGGCGCGCGUCGAUGAAGGCGCCGGGGCCGCGCACGGGCGGCGAUGGUGAGUGGACGCCGGCGCGGCUGCUGAUCCCUGGAAUCAGUGACCCGCACCUGUGGAUGGCACGGUGCGUGCCGGGCAAGGAGCGCGACGUGGUGUUUGCGGCGGCACGGCGCGUCUUCCAGUGGGCGUCGUCGGGCAAGUUCAACGGCGUGUAUUCGGUGUUCAGCCGUGACGGGCUGAGCGGCUACGUGUACGUCGAGGCGCGCAACCUAGCAGACGCGCAGGCGGCGCUGGAGGGCAUCUCGGGCGCGUUCGCAUUCCGCAUGACGCUGGUGCCGAUCGACGACAUGGUCGACGUCGUCAAGAUCAAGGCACAGCAGUCGCGCCUCAACCCCGGUGCCUGGGUGCGCGUCAAGCGUGGCAACUACGCCGGCGACCUGGCGCAGGUCGUUGCGGUCAUCGAGGCGUCUGAGGCUGUUGAGGUGCGGCUGCUGCCGCGCAUCGACUACGCGCACGAGGGCCGUGCAGCCAAGGGCGCGCGCCCUGCGCCGCGGCUGUUCAGUGUCGAGGAGGCGCAGCGCGCCGACCCGCGCGGGCUGUCGUCACGGCAGAACGAGAUCCUGUGGCGCGGCGACCGCUUCGUUGGCGGCUACCUGCACAAGGACAUGCGCGUGGCGUCGCUCCAGACAGCCGACGUCAGCCCGACGCUCGACGAGAUCGCGCGUUUUGCGGCCGGCGACGCCGGCGAGGACGGUGACGAGCAGGCGGCCAUCGCUGCGCUGGCGUCGCAAGCAGCAGCAGCGUCGCUGGACCUAUCGGGUGUUGCGGCCAGCGGGAACUUUCAGCCUGGUGAUGUCGUAGAGGUGGUCGACGGCGACCUGGCCGGAGUUGUCGGCACUGUGCGUAGCGUCGACGGCGACGGCACCGUGCGCGUGGCGCCCGAGCUGGGUGGGCUGCGGCGCGGCGCCGUUAUGGGCUUCCCGGUGCGCCAACUGCGCAAGCGCUUCCGCACAGGUGACCACGUUCAGGUACAGGCCGGGCGGUUGCGCGGCGCCACAGGUAUGGUGCUGGCCGUGGCCGACGCCGUCGUCACUGUGUACACGGACGUCGACAAGGCGGAAAUCCGCGUGCUGUCCAAAGACUUGCGUGUGUCCAGCGACGUGGCCAGCGCGGCGCUGGGCGCUCCAGGUGCGCAGGGCCGCGGCGGCAUCCAGGUGCAUGACCUAGUACAGCUGGACGCCGGCCAGGUCGCCGUGGUGCUGACGGCCGCGCGCGACACCGUGACUGUGCUGGACGACCGCGGCGAACCCCGCACUCUGCCGCUGACGGCCGUGCGUGCGGCGCGCGGCGGUUUUGAGCGCAGCGGCGUCGACUUCAACGGCGCGGCGCUGCGGCGCGGCGACCAUGUGCGUGAGGUUGGCGGCCAGCAGCGCUCCGGCUCAGUGCUACAGGUGACGCGGUUCGCGACCUUUGUGCUGCCGCGCGACGCGCCGGCCGACGCGGUCUUUGCCGUGCGCACGCGUCAGCUGGAGUCCCUGAGCGCGCGUGCGACCGCGGCACUGGAGCCAUACGCGACGCGCGUCGACCGGACGGCGCCUGGUGUGCGUGGCCGCGGUCGUGGCGGUGCUGCGGUACGUGGCGGGCGCGUGGGCGCGCUGCGCGGGCGCGACCCGCUGGUGGGCAAGACCGUGGUGGCCACGCGUGGCCCGUACAAGGGCUACGUGGGCAUAGUCAAGGACGCGGCGGCGACGUCGGCGCGUGUUGAGCUGCACACCAGCGCGCGCGUCGUUAACAUUGACAAGGACAAACUAGCUGUGCGCCUGCCGUCGGGCGACACUGUGCCGGCGGUUGACUUUGCCACCAGCUCGGGCGGUGGCGGUGGCGGUGGCGGGCGGCCACCGCCUGCUGCUGCUGUCACGUCAUCGUCGGGCGGCGGGUGGGGAGCGCCGUCUGCGCGCGGCAGCAGCGGCGGGUACAAUGCACCGUCGUCUGGUGCCGGCGGCUGGGAUGUCGGUGGCUCGUCGUCGGCUGGCGGCUGGGACGCUGCACCCGCGUCAUCAAAUUCUGGCGGCGGCGGCUGGGGCGCUGCGCCCGCGUCGUCAAAUUCUGGCGGCUGGGCGACUGGCGGCUCUGCUGCUACGCCCUCUUCAGGCUCUGGUGGCGGCGGCGGUUGGGACAUGGGCACAGCUGCGGCGGCCACCACUCCCGGCGCGUCGUCCAACUGGGGCACGCCCGCUGCGGCGCCGUCAAACUGGGCAACGCCGGCUGCCGGCUCCAGCACGGCGCCCUCUAACUGGGGCACACCGGCGCCACUCACGCCCGGAGCGCUCCCGCAGACCCCGGGCGGCCCAUACGAGACGCCUAGCUACUACGACGCACCCACGCCUGCGGCUGCGCCAUCCACCAACGACGACAGCAGCAAUGGCAAUAGCGGCGGUGGCUUUUUCAGCUGGGCGGUGCCGCGUGUCCUUGUAGAGUUGGGCUCGUCCGGCCAGCAGCGUGCGACCAUCCGCGAGAUCUCCACGGACCGCGCGUCGGCCACGCUGGUGUUGGAGCAUGGCGGGUCCCAGCGUGUUGACCGUGCGUCUGUGGCGCGCAUGGAUGUGCGGCCUGUGCGCGCGGAGAAGCGCGACCGCGUGGUUGUUAUUCGUGGAUCGCGCCGCGGCGCUCUCGGCACUAUGGUUGGCCGCGACGGCUCCGAGGCGUUCUUCCAGCCCGAUGGCGACUCUUCAUGGCACUCGGAGCCGCUGCGCAACCUGGCGGUGUACAGCGACAAGUACUGAAAAGAAAGAGAGCGCUUGAAAUACCAUUCUAAAUAAUCACAAUCUUUAAAUAAAAGU